AUUUGACAUUGCAGUUCAGUGUCAUGAUCUAAAUUUUAGUAAAAAUCCUGCAAAAAUGAUUUUGUAUAGAUUAUGGCCCCUGGUCUCGUACUCAGAGAGUCUGAAGAACUUACACUCUCUACCCGCGGCUACCGCCUUUUGCAAAAAUUGGGCGAGGGAUCCUAUGCUCAAGUUUUUUUAGCCGAAUUUAUAACUACAUCAACCAAAAGCAACGAUAACUCACCAGAAAAACCCAGCAGAGUUUUGGCUUGUAAAAUCGUUGAUGUAAGUAAAGCACCCCCCGAUUUUGUCAAAAAGUUCCUACCUAGGGAACUGGAUAUCCUCGUUCGAAUAUCACAUCCACACAUUAUACACAUACAUAGUAUCUUUCAAAGAAAAACAAAGUAUUUUAUAUUUAUGCGACAUGCGGAAAAUGGCGAUCUUUUGGAAUAUGUUUUAAAAAAAGGGCCAAUACCGGAAGUCCAGUCUCGAGUUUGGUUUCGACAACUUACUCUAGCAGUUCAAUAUUUGCAUGAUAUGGACAUAGCUCAUCGAGAUCUGAAAUGUGAGAAUUGUCUUAUAACUAACAAUUACAAUUUAAAAUUAGCAGAUUUUGGAUUUGCUAGGUUUGUAACUGAUGCACACGGUAGGAGACUAACUAGCACAACUUAUUGUGGUUCUCUUUCAUACGCUGCUCCAGAAGUCCUAAGAGGAAUGCCGUAUUAUCCAAAAAAUGCCGACGUAUGGUCUAUGGGCAUAAUACUUUACAUAAUGAUCAACAAAGCUAUGCCUUUUGAUGAUGCAAACGUUAAACGACUUAACGAACAACAACUGAAUCGCAGAUGGAAAUUUCGACAAAAAGUAGUGGAGCAAUUGUCAGAGCAGGUAAAAAGUUUAGUUGUAAAUCUCCUUGAACCUGAUAUAACUAAAAGACUGCGCCUUAUUGAUAUUUUGGGCUCUGACUGGCUUGGAAUGGAUCCUAGAUUAAAAGUGUUAACACAGUUAGAAGAAGCUGCUUUAGCCCAAGCCCAAAUUGAUAGGAAGAAAUAUAUUGAUCAAUUAAAUAAGAAAGCUGGACGUGACAAAAAAUCUUCUCAAGCCGAAGAAAUGAAGAUACUUAAGAGUACUGAUGGUGAAGAAUUUACAAAGCAAGAUGAUCCGAGUUCUGUCGCUUUACCUUCGGCGUAACAACCAUCGAAAUGUUAGUAAAGUAAAAAGUGAAUGUAUUUGUACCAAGUCCA